AUGGAAAGUAGAACAAAUAUAGUCAUGUCGAAGUUCUUACAAGGGCAAAUAUUUAAUAUAUCGAAAAUUUAUGUCAGACACUCUUCUACUAGGCCCUUUCUGGUGGCUCCCAGUAUAGCCAAAAGUAUAACGACUGAAGCUCCGCCAAUCAAUCACUCACCUGAACUAGCGCAUACGAGGAAAUGGCUACCAGAAAGAUGCGGUUUGAUUACCCGUAAGAAGGGGAUGAUGCCCUAUUUCGAUCAAUCUACGGGUGAGAGAACUGCCGCAACCAUAUUAGAAGUUAAUAAUGUUGAAGUUUUAAUGCAUAGAACUCCAGAUGCCAAUGGGUAUUUUGCAUGCCAGGUUGGAUUUGGCUCCAAGCAUCUGUCCAAAGUCACAAGACAAAUGCUGGGACAUUUUGCUUCCAAAGUUGUCAAUCCUAAAGAACUUGUUUCAGAAUUCAGAGUGAAAAAUGACAACGGAUUGCUACCACCUGGCACUUUAUUGAAGCCAUCUUUUUUCAAGGAAGGGCAGUACGUCGAUGUCAGAUCAGUCAGCAAAGGUAAGGGGUUUACAGGUGUGAUGAAGAGAUAUGGAUUUAAGGGUCUGAGAGCAUCUCAUGGUACAUCUAUCAUGCAUAGACAUGGUGGUUCUUAUGGUCAAAAUCAAGAUCCAGGAAGAGUGCUACCGGGUAGGAAAAUGCCCGGCCAUAUGGGUAAUGAUAACGUGACGAUCCAGAAUGUUAAAAUUUUGAAAGUUGAUGAUGCAAAUAACGUUAUUUGGGUUAAAGGUUCUGUAGCGGGGCCUAAGAACACUUUCGUCAAGAUUCAAGAUGCAAUCAAAAAAACCUAA